UGCGAUCGGUCAUUGGCCGUGCAACCGGCGGUCAGAGUUGACUGGUAUGUCGUGUAGUCCGUAGCAGUUCGGUGGCGGCAAGCGUGAAGUCUUCGCGAAGUUCCCAUCCAAAGGCGCGCCAACGAUGGACCACCAAGUGGUUCCCAUGGACUACUCCAACCACGACGGCAAAACUCGCAGCCCCCUGCAGGAAAUAUCGACCAAUCAGCAGGCGAGCAAGCGGCGAAGGAGCCUCUCCAAACGUUCCAGCGUCAGAGAUGUGGUGGAGACAGGCAUUGAAAAUGUUGACCUCGCGGAAGACAGUAACGACAGCUCGGCGUCGCUAGGCAAGUGGGGGACAGACGGACGCGUUCCACCCGACGUUCUAGAGGAUAUGGGAAUCGACUACCUCGACGAAUCUCCUCCAUCCAGCGGCGUUCCAUUAAAGCAGCCAUCGCCACCACGUGCAUCGCGCAAGUUUUCCAAGGGACAGAAACGUGAUACACAGUCUGCCUUGGGCACGCCACCGAGGACAGUGCCGGACACCUUCACACUUCACAAGCGAAGCAAGCAGGACGUUGCCAAUGGCAAAGACCCAUUUCUGGACCUAUCUGAUGAGACCAUCCUAGAAAUAUUCAAGUGGCUUCCCAGGCCAACAUUGGCCCUUUGCGGUCGGGUCUGCCGCCGUUGGAUGAUGCUGGCGUUUGACGAAAGUCUCUGGCGGCGGCUUGACCUCAGCAAGAAGCACUUGGGUCCCGGCGUGCUCGGAAAUGUACUCAAUCGCGGUGUCGUCAUCCUUAGGCUAGCGACAGCUGAUAUAAAAGCCCCCGUCUUCACUGACUUGCCUAUGCUGUCCUACCCAUCUGAUGAAAGCUUGUCGGUAUGCAAGGUUCAGUACCUGGACCUGAGCAUGGCGAGCAUCUCCGAGGGCACCCUGUGCGAGCUGCUGGCCAGCUGCUCCAACCUCAAAAAGCUCAGCCUGGAGCAGUGCUCGCUGAACGACCAAGUUUGCAGGUUGAUUGGUUCCAACCGUUCCUUGGAGUGCCUCAACAUGUGCAUGACAAGGGGAUUCACUCACGCGGGCAUCACCGCCAUUUGCAGGGGUUGCAGGAGAUUAACGUCCUGGAACCUCGCUUGGUCUCAGUUGACUACGGCCGCCAUAGACUCCCUUGUGCUGACCGUGACGCCCUCCCUACAGGAACUGAACAUUGCGGGUUGUCGUACUGAAAUGACCAAUGACCAUGUGACCGCGCUCGUGGACCAAUGCCCGCUUCUUGUGGAACUGGACCUCAGCGACGCAACGGAGAUCUCCUGCGAAGCCAUCCGUGCCAUCGUGAAUGGCCUCCCAGAACUGCAACACCUGUGCAUUAGCCGCUGCUACGGCAUCAUGCCCACCACCUUCCUCACACUGUCAAACAUGCCAUCGCUACAGCAGCUCGAGCUGUUUGGCGUGCUGAACGACAACCACCUGCACGUAGUCCGCAAGAAGCUGCCGAACCUCGACAUCAACAAGCAGCUUUUCUCAACCGUUGCACGCCCAACGACUGGCAUCCGCAGAAGCAGCAUAUGGGGCCUCAAAGUCCGCGACUGACCGUCGUUCGCUGUGGGGGCGGCAAAUGCCCCGAAAGACUUCGUAACACUGGCAGUGACAAGACCGAUGUGAAUUUCGCGAGUUUGUGUUUCACUGUUCAAACUACGCACACUGGUUUUGACAUCCUUGUGGCACUUGCAACGCAGUUGACAGAAGUUAAUGCAACUGCGUCAAACAUGCCAUCACAGAAGUGAAUUUUGAACGAUGUCAUGGUGUUUCUGUUUGCCUCUGUUAGCCUGCUUGAAAGUGCCGAUUAGUUGCAAUCACGGGGUAUUCUCAGAGUUCAGGCGUGAACUGGUGUUUUGUGAGACAAAAAGGCUGCGAGCCCUUUUGUUUUCCUAUCACUGUAGCACUGUUCACACUUGCCAUUUCGGCAUUUCACGCCCCGGCAAGGCCUUCCAUCGCAUUAAUGGUUAGAAUGUGGUUCGAAACGGCUUUCAACCACAACCCGUAGCUCCUUUGCCUCCCUGUUCACCCCCUAGGUGUCAGGCAGUGACAACGUUAUAAUAUAAUUCCAAACGUCCCAAGAAACUUUCGUAGUCAUAGUUGAUUUUUUUAACUUUUGUUGGAUUGACGUGCCAUUUGUGUAUCACUGCCACAGUAGUCCAAUUGAUCUCUCAAAAACAGCCUGCUGUUAUGUACGUAAUGUGUACGUAGUUUAGUGUUUGUAGUUUGUACUUCAUUUUCAAUUAGCUUCCCUGCCAUAAUGCUGAAGAUUCCUCAUCGCACUGUUGCUAACUAGCAUUCCAAACAGUUUACCUGGAGGGUGGAAAAUUGAUGUGCAAAAAACAAAGUACGUCCUUCUAGAAUCAUGGCGCUUAUACUCGGUUACUGCCCAAGAAAAAAUGUACCAUAUUUACUCUGUUAUAACGCGACCACGAUUGUAACACGGGGGUUGACUUUUCAGGAAGAAAGAAAUAAAACUAGAAUAAAAGGAUUGCGUGCAUCAUUGCCCUUUUUAGCAACUUGAAUUUCGUUAUUCAACUGUGACACAAGGGUUGACUUCAGGUAGCAAAAAUGUGGAAAAAAAACGCGCAUUACAUUCGAUUAAACAUGGUAAGUUCAGCCUUCAGGAUCACGAUGUGCCUUCCCUUCACCUGUGAAAGACAGUCGUGCGUGCUGGUUUCUGCUCGAACUGGAAGUACUUUCUCUCGGCUAAUGUAAAUAUUACGCAUACUAAGAGUUAAAGUUUUGUCAUUACUACCUAAAACACUGUUUGGCUGAGCAGCGGUCAGAAUACUCGACGAAAUUCACCAAGACAUUCAGGUUUCCAACCUGGAGCCAGCGAUACGAACAUGUGUCUAUAUGGGAAAGUCAACUCUCUAGAGGUGUUGAUGUCGCAAAAAAAUGAGUAAGUGCUAUUGGAAAUUGUGCAAAUUCUCUGUGGGAGGGAUGGCAAUGGCUGUGGGUGGAGCUGACUUCUUCUUUUUUUUUUUUUUUUUUUCAGGUUGUAACCAACUGUAGCUUCACGGUGAUCUUGACAAAAAAAAAAACUGCGUUUAAAGAAUUGUCCAUUGUGCUUUAGCUGUACAGUCUCAAAAUUUGCUUUUUUUUUUUUUUUUUUUUUUUUUUUUUUUUUGCGUGUACCCAGGUCUAGAAACACUCGAAGGCUCUUUGCCCGCAUUCGGCAGCAGUUUGCCCUCCGCCGCGCAUCGGGCUCCGCCAUUAUCCGAUACAUCGUGGCCGCCUUCCGAUGGCCCGCCUCUCGGUCCCCUCGCCUCCUU